GAGAUAGCAGACAUCGCUCGAAUCGUGCGUCGCAAUUAAAAAUUCGCUGAAUUUUAAAUCUAAUUGGGGUUAUUGCAGAGUAAACGAAUUUAGUAUACUGAUUGAAAAAAAGUGAUCGCUUCUCAGCUGACUUCAAUAUUAAUGAAUGUUAUAGUGAAAACAAUAUUUUAAAAUAUUAUGGCUCCUACACAAAAAAAGAGUGCGAUUUGGUUGCAUUUUACCGAAAUAAUAAGUGGACAAAAAGCUAAAUGCAAUAUAUGCCGAAACGUUUAUUCGUUUAAAGGAGGUACAACACCGGUAAUUUAAGGAAACAUUUACGAAUUAAACAUCCUACAAUUGUAAUCGAUGAAGAAACAGCUAUACAAAAAGAGGAAAAGCAAGGAUGAAACAGUAGCAAUUAUAAGAAAAAAUGAAAGUGUUGCAGCCAUAGAUAGUGAUUUAGAUGUUACUAUUAUACAAAGUUCCGAAGAUGAUCAAAGCUUAAAUAAUUUAGUUUGGCAUGAAUUUGAUUUAUCGACGUCCACCAUUGAAAAGCCAAGUCCACUGGCUACUGCAAUAGCAGAAAUACGAAUAUAUUUGGAAGAACCAAAUAUACCUAGAACAGAAAACCCAUUGUUGUGGUGGAAGUCCAGGGAACUACUCUAUCCCACCCUUGCCCCAUUGGCAAAAAAAUACUUGAGUAUGGUAGCAACAUCUGUUCCCAGUGAACGCGUCUUUUCGAAAGCUGGUCAGUUGAUAACAGAAAGGCGUAAUCGAUUGAAAUCGAAACAUGUAGAAAAACUUAUGUUCCUUAAUUACAAUCAACUACUAAUAAAUAAGUGA